AUGGCGUCCGGCGGCCAUAUGCAUAAUUUCACCACCCUCAUCAAGCGGCUCGAGGCAGCGACCUCACGCUUGGAGGAUAUGGCGAUGUCAUACGAUGAUCCUAACGCUCAAAAGGCCUUAGCUGGGUCUCCUUCUUCCGUGCCCGCUAUUCCAGAACCCCCUAAACCUUCCCCUCCUCCGCCCGCAGCCCCUGUGGCGGCCCCGGUUCCGCCACAGAUUCAGGACUUCGAUGCAUUGAUCAAGGGAGAUGUUCAGAACUUCGUCAACCUGGGAGAGAAGAUCGGUGGUCUGGUUGCUGAGCAAUCCAAAGCCGUCCUUCAAGCCUUCCAAGCUGAACGCACCUAUCUUUUCGUUGUGACAAAGGCCAAGAAGCCUGAUACCCAGCCUCCGGAGUUAAUGACGGAUCUGCACAAGGCAUCUGAUAGCAUUAACAACAUUCGCGAAUCAAACAGAGCAUCCCCGCUAUUCAACCACCUGAGCGCUGUUGCGGAGGGCAUUGUUGCGCUGGCUUGGUUCUUUGAAAGCAAGCCUGCGGAAUUUGUCACGGACAUGAUUGGUGGCAUUGAAUACUAUGGAAAUAAGGUACUGAAGGAGUACAAGGACAAGGACAAAACACAUGUCGAUUACAUCAAAGCCUACUAUCAAAACUUCAAGGCUCUUGCAGAAUACCUUAAGAAGCACUUCCCCCAGGGUCUCACAUGGAACAAUGCAUCUGGCAUUGAUGCCUUGGAAGCUUUGAAGCAGGCCAAGGGCGGUCCUGCUCCGGUCAGCGGCGGUGCCCCUCCUCCUCCCCCUCCUCCUCCGGUCCCAUCUCUCAAUAUCCCUGGUGGCGGUGCUCCUCCCCCACCUCCGCCUCCUGGUAUUCCCCCCGCUCCGGCCCCUGCAGCACCAGCACCAGACAUGGGCGCUGUCUUCGACCAGCUCAACCAGGGCGAGGGUAUCACCUCCAGCCUCCGCAAGGUCGAUAAAUCGCAGAUGACACACAAGAACCCCAGUCUGCGUGCCGGAUCAACAGUCUCGGAUUCCGCUGGCUCCAGCGCCGUGCGGGGCAAGUCGCCAGCACCUAACAAAAAGCCCAAGCCGGAAAAUAUGCGCGCACGCAAGCCGCCCCGCAAGGAACUCGAGGGCAGCAAGUGGCUCAUUGAGAACUUCGAUGCCCCUGGCGAGAUCGUCGAGAUUUCCGCUCAGCAGAAUCAGUCCAUCCUCAUCAGCCGCUGCAACAAAACCAUCAUCAAGGUCUCCAACAAGGCUAACGCGAUUGCCAUUGACAACUGCGUUGGUCUCUCUCUCAUAGUGGACUCUCUCGUCAGCAGUCUUGACAUCAUCAAGUGUCCCAAGUUUGCUGUGCAGAUCGACGGCACGGUUCCCACUUUGCUGAUGGACCAGGUUGAUGGUGCUACCGUGUACCUUGGCCAGCAAAGCCUCAACACUGAGGUCUUUACUAGUAAGUGCUCCGCUGUAAACAUCAACCUUCCACCACCGGAGGGCACCGAUGAAGAUACCAAGGAGUGCCCUCUUCCUGAGCAGUUCAAGAGCUACAUCAAGAACGGCGUGCUCGUAAGCGAGAUCGUGGAGCAUGCUGGUUAA